AUGCGUAAACUCUCGCUUGUGCUGUGCCUAACUUCCCUGGCACUGACACUUUUCCUCGCUGCACUCGAUAUUGUGAUUGUAAUUACGCUCUACGAGACUAUUGGAGAGAAGUUUAAAGACUACGCUCGUAUCGGAUGGCUAGUUACAGGCUAUGCGCUUCCAAACGCGCUUUUCACCCUCCUGUGGGGCCGGCUUGCCUCGAUUUUGGGGCUUAAAACCAGCCUCACCUUUUCCAUUGUCAUUUUUGAGAUUGGUUCCCUCAUUGUCGCAGUUUCUAAUUCUAUGGGGAUGAUCAUUGGCGGGAGAGUGGUAGCCGGCUGCGGAGGAAGUGGAAUACAGUCACUUGUUUUUGUAGUGGGCACUUCGCUAGUGGAAGAGAGGAACAGGGGCAUGGUUAUUACGGUGCUGGGGCUCGCCUUUGCCGUCGCGUUCGCUGUUGGACCAGUUAUAGGCGGAGCAUUCACAGAAAAUGUGAGCUGGCGCUGGUGCUUUUACAUCAACCUACCUAUCGGAGGAGUUGCACUUACGAUGCUCACCUUCAGCUACAAUACUACAGAAAAAUCAGUACAAGAGACUUUAACCUACAACUGCCGGCAACUUCAAACAUAUCGCUAUGGACAAUGGGUCACGGCAAGUUUCUGGCGCCGAGCCUACAACUUCUUGAUGUUUGACUUGGAUUUCAUUGGAUUUGCGCUCUCCUCGACGGGCUUUGUUCUGUUCAUGCUAGGCUUGACAUUCGGCGGAAAUACUUAUGCAUGGAACUCCGGAACCAUCAUCAGCUUCCUGACGGUAGGGGCAAUACUAGUGCUCUUUUGGUUGGUGUUCGACUUUGUGCUGCUGUACAAGUGGGCCGCGUGGUGCCGUAAAAGAGAAGCUACACCGCUGCUUAGGCGAAGCUUGUGCUUCAGGCCUGGAAUUUUCACUAGCAGUAUCGCAAAUCUCUUUACGUGCUUCGGCUUUAACAUGCAGACCGUAUACAUUGUCCAGCUAUAUCAGCUGGUUUUCAACAGCGGGCCAACAGCCGCCAGCAUGCACUUAUGGGCCUUUUUGAUAGCCACGAUGGUUUCGGUCAUAAUAAUCGGCAAAGCAGCAGCCAUAUUUGGGCUAAUUAAACCUGCAAUUGUUUUUGGAGCGACCUGCGGGUUGGUAGGCUCAGGACUGAUGACACUGGUAAGAAACACCAGCACCACCGGGAAUGUCAUUGGAUACUGCAUACUUCCAGGCGCAGCGUUCGGAAGUAUUAUGCAGGGGACUUUGUUAAGCGCACAAGUCCAGGUAGAUCACGAUGAUGAGAACUUUCAGACAAUGUUCAUCGAGGCGACUGCUCUCAAUACAUUUGUGAAGUCUCUGGGAUUUUCCUUUGGCGGUGUAGUAGCAACCAUGAUAUUCACAAACUCGGUUAAAAAUCAGCUUCGGUCGACAUCAGCUGGGGUCGCCGCCUUCUCCAGUGUCGAGGCGCUCAUAGCGUACAGAGGGCAAAACUAUGAUGGACCUGGUUCUACUCUUUCUUUGAUGUUCGUAAAAGCGAUAAAAGAUGUGAUGUAUGCCGCUUUAGGGUGUUACGGAAUUGUCUUCAUAGCGAGCCUCUUUACCUCUAACAGAAGGCUCAGGCUGCCUUCUAAGAACGAUGGUGUGGAGGCCACCGCCCAGGAAAAGUCGAUUUCUGGCGGUGAUAAAUCACAGCUGGCACCUCAGUCGACCUCUGAGAACGAUGAAAACUGA